GGGCAGCGCGCGCGGCCGGGUGGGGUCGGUCCCGGGCUUGGGGCGCGGCGCCGGCGCGGGGGCUGGGACUGCCCGGCUGGCAGCAGGAGGGAGGCUACGCGCCGGACCCCGGCCACGCAGCCAUGAACCUGGAGCGGCUGCGGAAGCGCGUCCGGCAGUACCUGGACCAGCAACAGUAUCAGAGCGCUCUAUUUUGGGCAGAUAAAGUAGCCUCACUCUCUCAUGAGGAACCCCAGGACGUUUACUGGUUGGCUCAGUGUCUUUACCUGACAGCCCAGUAUCAUAGAGCAGCUCAUGCACUUCGGUCACGAAAACUGGACAAAUUGUAUGAAGCGUGUCGCUACCUUGCAGCUAGAUGCCAUUUUGCUGCAAAAGAACAUCAGCAGGCUCUCGAUAUUCUUGAUAUGGAGGAGCCGAUCAACAAAAGACUGUUUGGGAAAUGCUCGAAGGAUGAAAGUAGCUUGAAAGACCCCUCCAGUGACUGGGAAAUGUCACAGUCCUCAAUCAAGAGUUCUAUUUGUCUUUUACGAGGAAAAAUCUAUGACGCUCUAGAUAACCGAACCCUCGCUACUUACAGCUAUAAAGAAGCUUUGAAGCUUGACGUCUACUGCUUUGAAGCAUUCGAUCUUUUAACGUCACACCACAUGUUGACAGCCCAAGAAGAAAAAGAACUUCUUGAAUCACUACCUCUUAGCAAGCUCUGUACUGAAGAACAGGAAUUGCUACGUUUUCUAUUUGAGAACAAAUUGAAAAAGUAUAAUAAACCCAGUGAGACUGUCAUCCCCGAGUCUGUAGAUGGUUUGCAGGAGAAUCUGGAUGUGGUCGUGUCUUUAGCUGAAAGACAUUAUUAUAACUGUGAUUUUAAAAUGUGCUACAAGCUGACUUCUGUAGUAAUGGAAAAAGAUCCUUUCCAUGCAAAUUGUUUACCUGUACAUAUAGGGACACUUGUGGAGCUGAAUAAAGCAAAUGAACUUUUCUAUCUUUCUCAUAAAUUGGUGGAUUUAUAUCCUAGUAAUCCUGUGUCCUGGUUCGCAGUGGGAUGUUAUUACCUCAUGGUCGGGCACAAAAACGAACAUGCCAGGAGAUACCUCAGCAAAGCUACGACACUGGAGAAGACCUACGGGCCGGCAUGGAUCGCAUAUGGGCAUUCGUUCGCAGUUGAGAGUGAACAUGACCAGGCGAUGGCUGCUUACUUCACGGCAGCACAGCUGAUGAAAGGGUGUCAUUUGCCAAUGCUUUAUAUUGGAUUAGAAUAUGGAUUGACGAAUAACUCAAAAUUGGCUGAAAGAUUCUUUGGCCAAGCUCUAAGCAUCGCACCAGAAGACCCUUUUGUUAUGCAUGAGGUUGGCGUGGUCGCAUUUCAGAAUGGAGAAUGGAAAACAGCAGAAAAAUGGUUUCUCGAUGCUUUGGAAAAAAUUAAAGCAAUUGGGAAUGAGGUAACAGUUGACAAAUGGGAACCUUUGUUGAACAACUUGGGCCAUGUCUGCAGGAAACUUAAGAAGUAUGCUGAAGCCUUGGACUAUCAUCGGCAGGCACUGGUGUUGAUUCCUCAGAAUGCGUCCACCUAUUCUGCCAUAGGGUAUAUCCAUAGUCUGAUGGGCAACUUUGAAAAUGCUGUGGACUAUUUCCACACAGCCCUUGGUCUUAGGCGAGAUGAUACAUUUUCUGUUACAAUGCUUGGUCAUUGCAUUGAAAUGUACAUUGGUGAUUCUGAAGCUUAUAUUGGAGCAGACAUCAAAGACAAAUUAAAAUGUUAUGACUUUGAUGUGCAUACAAUGAAGACAUUAAAAAACAUUAUUUCGCCUCCGUGGGAUUUCAGGGAAUUUGAAGUAGAAAAACAGACAGUGGAAGAAGCAGGGCUUGCACCAUUAGAAACCUCAAGGAAAACUCCAGAUUCCAGACCUUCCUUGGAAGAAACCUUUGAAAUUGAAAUGAAUGAAAGUGACAUGAUGUUAGAGACGCCUAUGUCAGACCACAGUACGUGAUUCCAGAUGGGUCCCAGUUCCCCUUUGUCCUAGAGUAGGUCAGUGUUUCCUCUCAUCCUUGUCUUAAAAAUGUCCCAUUUCUCAACAUGCAUCCACACCCCACCUCUGCAUUUAGGAAUGGAGAUCUCCCUUGAGAGCCUGGAUCGCACACCUUUGCAACAGAUGUUUUCUGAUCCUACAGAACAGUUAUACAAAGUGAAAUAAAGAAGGUAAACCAUGU